UGUAGCCUAUUAGCUCGAGCUCCCACUCCCUCUCCUGCUCCCGUUACCCGGUGAAUGAUAUCAACAGAGCGUUUUGCCUGUUCCGUACUGAGCGAAAGAGCACGGUUAGAAAGAGAAGAACAUCAAACCCCACAACUGCCAGAGCGCAUUGGAACCAGGGAAAAUAUAGGCUACCCACAGCAACACUCACGUUUGAGGUUUCACCGGCGGCGGGAGCACAUUGACAGGACAACGGGAGGAAUGUUUAUUGAAGUUGGACUGAUGAUUUAGCGAACAUAAGUGAGUAGACUGCCCGGCGGAUGAUAAGCGUCCGGGACCGGUGCUGUCGGUUUCGCGAGGAGGCAAAUUAACGUUACUGGAGUAAGAAGAUGAAGUCGGCUGGGGUCGUGGAAGGAGGACUGUUCACAGAGAGUUACUGCAACAUCUGUAACGCCCAACUCAUCUCCGAGUCGCAACGCACAGCACACUAUGAGAGUAAGAAACAUGCCAAUAAGGUCCGUCUCUUCUACAUGUUACAUCCAGAAGACGGAGGCCCACCGUCCAAGAGACUGAGACCAGACAACCCGGACAGUGCAGAGACAGAGGUGGACAGCAAUAAGUGCUGUACGUUAUGUAAUAUGUUCUUCACGUCGGCCAUCGUGGCCCAGUCUCACUACCAGGGCAAGACACACGCCAAGAGAGUACGACUGGUACUGGGAGAAACACCCAGCUUACCUACUGCUACCAACAGCCCUACCACCACAGACUCAUCCCCCUCCACUCCCCAGCCCAGCGACUCCACCCCUGCCCCUGCCUCUGCCCCACCUGCCCUACCAUGGCCCUCCUCUCUAGCACCCCCGGUGGUGGUGGUGGGUAGUGGCGGUGGGAGUGGUGAGACAGGGAAGUACUGCUGUCUGUGUGGAGCCUGGUUCAACAACCCUAUUAUGGCCCAACAACACUAUGAGGGGAAAAAACAUCGCAGGAACGCAGCCAGAGCACAACUACUGGAGCAGCUAGCUGGCAGUCUGGACGCUACCGAAACUACAGGUCUCCGUAGCAAAUACUCCUGCAGUGUCUGUAGUGUUGUGUUGAACUCCAUUGAACAGUACCACGCACACCUCCAGGGCUCCAAGCACCAGAACAACUUGAAGCAGGUCCAGCAGUGAAGCACUGGGACCAGAGAUCUGUGGACAUGUGGAGAAUGGGAAAAUGGGAAUACUAAACAUGGGAAUACAGAGCUUUGUAAAACGAAAAUAAUAUUGGUUGUGGAAUUUUGGAAGACUGAGAGACUUCUACAGAUGGCUGAGGACUGUGUGUGUGUGUGUGUGUGUGUGUGAGUGAGUGAGUGAGUAUGUCUCUGUGUGUGUGUGUGUGAGAGUUUUAAAUCUUACGAUGUCUUUGAGGUUACUGACCAUCUAAGUGUUUGAUAUGUGUACUUUGAACCCACAGCAGUCAGAAAACCAUUGGAUAUUGCUAGCGAUCGCCAUUCUGUUUGUGUGCUUCCCAAAUGGCACCCUAUUCCGUUUAUAGUGCACUUCCUCUGACGAGGGCCCAUAGGGCUCUAUUAAAAAGUAGUGUACUAUAGAGACUCCUUUUGUGAACCACAAUCCUACAAUCUAACUAACUGAUGUCAGUGUUACCCAGAGCGGUGAUAACCAUUACAAUGAUAGUCAUAGAGUAGAAGAAACAAUAUCAUCAUCACCACUAUAUCAGCCCAGAGGGUCAGGCUGCAAUACAUACAGUACUAUAUAUACAAAUAUAUCAUAAAUAUAUUCAUACAAUAUAUUUUCCAAACGCCUGGAAGUUAUCUGUGCAACAGCUUCGGUUCUCAGUGAGUAGCUCAUAAACAUAUAUUGAUAUCUGUAGUAAAUAUAUGCAAAUGUAGGGUAUAAUUACAUACGUUUAUGUAUUCAACUAUAUUUUCCGCACCCAGUUCCAUGCAGAAACAGGUAGAGGAAACAUCACAAAGAUGUCAGCUAAUUGAAAGGGGUUUUCUCAGCUUUGGGUGAUGUCACAAAGUCUUUGGUGCCUAUGUAAAACAAACUGUAACACAGCCAUUUUGAAAGUGGUAGCUGAUGUCCUGAAUUUGUCACUAAAUGACUGAUCAUUCAACCCAGAUAGACAGGGAUAUGCAUUGUAGAUGACACUUUUAUUCAGAGCAAUAUAAAGUAAAUUCAUUUCAAUACAACAUUUUUAGGAUACAAUUUGUAACUUGAAUAUCCUCAGUGGCUACUCAAUGUAUUGCAAACACACUUGGCCAAGAAGCUAAACAAAAAUCUACUGGUUACAUCUGCCAAAACCCACUUUCAUCACUUUAUAUACAUAAGUUCGGACUGGAAUUGAAAGUUACAGAUUGCAACUUUAAACAACCACAUAAUACAUACAUACAGUAGUGAGUUAAAUGUUAUUUUAAAUUAAGGGUCAGUAUCUAUGGUUCAGUAAACAUUCCUAUGUUUAGUACCUCUGUGAUUAAUGAUGUCAUAGACACGAGACAGUGUCAGUCAGAAUCCCUUUUCUAUGAAACCAUACAGUGGGGAGAACAAGUAUUUGAUACACUGCCGAUUUUGCAGGUUUUCCUACUUA